CUGUACUUCGUGACAAGUGACAAAGCCUAUUUAAAUCCCCCAUGGGCUAGUCUUUUGCAGACCACCAUUUCACCAUCUUCUGAAGAAGAAAGGCAAAGGCUUCAGCUUCCAUGGCCAAAGGCAAAGGCUUCCAGGGAAAAUAAAAAGGAUUUUUUCUUUGUGUGAGUGUGUGGGAAGGGACAGUAUUUGAUUGCAAGCCAUAAGCCCUCUCUCGCUCCAGCGAGAAGACAAGACUGACGAUCUGAAGCCUCUCGUGCCUUUGGCGAUUGGAGGCUGUGGCAUUUGAGGUGGUCAGGAUGAGCAAGGAGGACAUCCUCAAGGUGCAGACCUGCGUGCUGAAAGUGAAUAUCCACUGUGAUGGGUGCGAGAAGAAGGUCAAGAAGAUCCUCCACAAGAUCGAUGGUGUGUACCAAAGCAGCGUAGAUGCGGAGCAGGGGAAGGUGACGGUGUCCGGGCUGAUGGAUCCGGACACCGUCAUCAAGAAGCUGAACAAGGCUGGCAAGCCCGCCCAGCUGUGGGGCGCCAAGCCUGGCGUGGUAAGCCAGGUCCAAAAGCUCCAGCUCGGUGGCGGCGGCAAGGGCCAGCAGCCGAAGGAUGGUGGCGGCAAGGGGCAGUCCAAGGAUGGCGGCGGCAAGGGCCAGCCCAAGGGUGGAGCGGGUGCUGGAAACGGCGCCGGUGGAGGCGGAGGUGGCCCGAAAGAUGCAAAGAUGAUGAUGCCGCAGCCGACUCCGCAGCAGCUUCAGCAGCUGCAGCAGCUGCAACAGCAGAUGCAGAUGAAGGGGAUGAAGCUUCCUCCGCAGCUCAUGGGCAUGGGCGGCAAGAUGCCGUUCCCUGCGGCCGCGCCGCCGCCGGCGAAGGACCCCAAGGCCGUCAAGUUCAACGUUCCCGAGGACGACGAGUUCGGGGACGACGGCAGCGAGUUCGAUGACGAGUUCGACGAUGACUACGACGACGAGGAUUUCGAGGACGACGGCCUCGACGACGACUGGUACGACGACCCCAAGAUGAUGGCAAAGCCCAUGGCAAUGCCGAUGGGCGCUGGCGGGGGCGACAAGAAGGGUGCCAACGGCGGCGGCGGCGGCGGCGGCGGCAAGAAGGGUGGCGCCGGGAACGAGAUCCCGGUGCAGAUCAAGGGGAACGCCAAUAACGGCGGCAAGAAGGACUCUGGCGCCAAGCAGAACCAAGGUGGCGGAGGCGGAAACGGCAAGAACGGUGGCGGAGCGCAGCCGCCGCAGAACGGCAAGGGCGGCGGGAACCAGCCUGGCCAGGCCAAGAAGGGCGGUGGUCCGCCCGCCGGCGUCGGCGGCCCGAUGAUGGGCGGCAUGCCGUCGCAGCAGCAGCCGGGCAUGAUGAUGAGGCCGCCGAACAUGAUGGGCGGCGCCGGUUUCCCCGGUAUGGGCCAGAUGGGCGGCAUGCCGAUGGGCCAUCCCCACAUGGGUGGCAAUGGCAUGCAGCCGGGAGGUGGCAGUGCCGCCGCGCACGGCAUGCCGGCCGCCGGCAUGAUGCCUGGGGCUGGGUUCUAUCCUGGCGGUGCUGGCGGCGGCGGCAUGCCGUCCGGGCCGGAGAUGAUGCAGGCGGCCGGGAAUCCCAUGGCGCAGCAGCAGUACAUGUCCAUGAUGGCGCAGCAGCAACAGCCACAGAUGAUGAUGAAUGGCCAUGGUCCUCACGGCCACCAUGGACAUGGCGGCGCCGGUUACCCGCCGAUGGGGUACGGGUAUGGGUACGGCCGCCCGGCGAUGCCCUACCCGCCGCCGAUGUACUACCCUCAGCCGCACCCUCAUGACAACAUGUUCAGCGACGAGAACCCCAACAGCUGCUCGAUGAUGUGAGGCAAGGUCGCCGGCGCCUGCAAAGCUUUCUCCUGCUGAUGCCUUGGGCAAAGCAGUGAACCAACCAACCGGAAGGAGGGGAGCGCAGGUCACAGGUGGUCAUCGGUCAGCGUCGUCACCAUGGUCGAAAUAACAGGAACCUGAGCAGUGUUUAGUUGUCUCCCGUAAAGUUUUUGAAAAGGAUAUCUUUCUAUAUUUGAAGUACUAAAUAUAGACUAAUCAUAAAAUUAAUUACAGAACUCGUCUGUAAAUCGCAAGACGAAUCUAAUGAGUCUAAUUAACCCGUCAUUAGAGGUUGUUUACUGUAGCAUUUCUGUAGCAAUUUAGCGUCUAACUACGGCCUAAUUAGGUUCAUUAGAUUCGUCUCACGAUUUACAGGCAAACUGUGCAAUGAUGUUUUUUUUAUUUCGUCUAUAUUUAAAUCUCCAUGCAGGUGUUGGAAAAAAAAUUUGGAAUUUUGAAUUUGGGAACUAAACACGGCCCUGGAUCAGUCAGUCAGUAUACAUGAGAAGCUAGUACCAGCUAGAAUCGCCCCUUUUUUCCUUUUUAUUUUCUAGCUUAUUUUCACCUUUUUUUCUUGCUUUGGACAAAAAAAGCAACUUCCUUGAAGUGGGAGGUAGGUAUAGUAAUUAUGAAUAGUGGUCAUAA